GUAAUCGUGUUGUACGUUACGUCGACCAGCGGAGCGGUCCACAAAACGUGGUACACAUAUCAAAUUUCACGCGAAAAUUUGAUAUUGUUGUCGAAUGUGUUAAAAUAGUGUAAAAGUUCACAGUUACGCCGGUAAAUUCCAAAUUCAAAUUAUAUAUUGUGCUUCAAGUUUAUUUUUUUUUAGUUGCGCUAUUGUGUUUUCUUUACGGCCAGUGAUUUAUAAUUGUUUUGUUUUUUUUUGUUGACUUGUUAAAUACUCUUUGUUUCUACAAAAAUGUAGAUAGAUCAAAUUGCCACAUUAUUAAAGGUACGAUGUCAAUUGACCAGGCUUCCCCAUUGGUGCCGAUCAAGCCUCAAGUGGCACUCCAGAAUAGUGCGUUUAUAAAGAACAGUCACAACCGCAGCAGCUUCUGUGGAGUAACCUCUUCUAUCAAUGGCAACGGAACGUUCAAAACCUUUGCCGUAAAUCGUAAAAGCUGGAGUGGAAAUGUAACACUUCCUCUGCAACAGUAUGCUCCUGAUGUCGACCAUACUCCGCAUUUAGCGACAUUUCGAUCCGGUACGGGAACUUUCCCGAGAAAUAGGGAGAGAAACAAUAACAGUGCUUCCAACGGAAUAUUAACACCUAACGGGAAUUCAGUUCAGACCUUUAAAGGAAAUGAAAUAAGAAGGAGCGGAUGUACUAACGGUCGACGCUACGCUGAGAUCGGAAACUGGAGUAAAAGAAAUGCCACAUUCCUUGAACCACAUCUUCAAGGUGUAAGGCGUCGUGAUAGUAGAAGUUCAGACUCGGAUCAUGAUGAACGGUCAACAGAAGAUGACGAGCGAUCCCUCAUCCGCUGCACCCAGCGUACGAGGUUACCGCCCCCUCCACCGCCGCCCCCGGACGACGAGCCCCCACCAUUAAAGCCUCGAGAGUUCUUCGAAAGACUCCAGAGCCAAGCUAUGAAGGAACAAGAGAAGCGGUCAAGAGAAUUUGCUUAUAAAGACAACUUGUUCAGACCUGUUGAUAAUGAGGGCAGUCUAGGAGAUAGUUUGAGUCAGAGUCGUGAAAGUCUAUCGUCAGACGGCGAGGGUGCCCGCGGCGACUGCUCCUCCGUGGAUUCCUCAGGGUCUGGAUCUGAAGAACAACCACCAUGCGACAUUGGACUGUUGGAACGGUUGAUCAGGACCCAUCCUGUUUGGUUCCUGCCAGGGAUACAAAGGGCUGGGGCGUUCCACCUCUUACAAGGGAAAGAAGAAGGGAAUUUCGUCGUGCGUCAGUCCAGUCAACCGGACACUAUGGCGAUCAGUGUGCGUCUGCCCGCAGACAAAGGACCUUACAUAGAACAUUAUCUCAUCCAGGCAUCAGGAGGGCGUAUAGGACUGGAGACCUCACAUAAUCGCUUCGAUAACAUACCUGAACUUAUAGCACAUUACUCACAAUGCUGUGACGAAUUACCAGUGCAACUUCAAUUACCGCGACCACUUCGUGAGGCGAAAAGUCGCCAACAACUUAGCUCCCUGACUUUGCUGGGUCAGGAAUUCUGGGGCUACCCAAUGGCGAACCCUAAGAACAACUCUCAUAGCCUACUCUCACCUUGUCAGUUGGCUAAUGGAGUUGUGCCUAUGGCUGUUACGCCGUCAGAUACAGCAUCUAGUCUAAGCUUCAAUGCGAGCACUGGAACUAUUUCCAGAGAACAUGUUUUAAGUCCAGAAAAUGACAAGAACGUAGUGCUAAAAAUGUCACCCAUUGACAGAUCUGGUUCCCCACCGAACCACAACCAGAAUCUUAGCACAUUCAAAGGAAGAACGCCACCGUCGCCACCAGCAAAGCCUAGUGGGACAGCAUUUAUUAGAGCACCUAGACCUACCCCACCAAAUACUCUUAAUCUAAUGUCUAGUACCGCUCAUAUUACCCAGCCACAUACAUUUCCUACAACCAAUACACAACAAUCUCCCACGUUAAAUCACGUCAAAACUACUCCGCCUCCACCUCCUCCGAGAUGGGCUAAGCCGCUUAUCCCCAAAACGUCCUUAUCUCCUAAAUCCGAAGCUCAAGCUUUCAGUCCUAUUAACAAGGCUUCACAGAAUGGAAACAUAACAGUCACAACAACGGUUACCUUCUGUGUCAAUAACACACAAAUUCAUAAUCAUCAAAUAAACGAGAGCAUACAAAGUGAUCAGCUACAACUAACGCUUGCGUCUAAUGCAAUCAAUAAUAACAAUGGCACAGAAUCUGUGUUCAAUCUAGGAGACAAUGGCAAAAGCCUGGCUGAGUCAGAUGGAGAAACACAGAAUAUGAUGCAUCGUAUGUCACCAGAAGGAGAGUGCAUUAACGCAAUGACAGCUAGUUUGCACGGAAGCUUCAAAAGGCAAAUGGCCGACCAAGCAAAUACUGCCGAACCAGAAUCGCCAGCUGAACUACAAUCCCAAACAAAUACCUCCGAAUCAGUUGAUCCCGUUGUAAACAGUCUGUCUAAAUCUAACAAUAGUUUUGCUCCAAAUCAUUUAGUGUCACCUAAUGGUACUAAUUCUGUUACAAGUGGCAUAUUUUCUCCUACAAGUCAGAUUAACUCUCCAGUAUCAAACGAUACCAUUUCUUCAAAAAGUGGCGUAUUUUCUCCUGUUAGUCAAACGAAUAAAAGUGAAAUAUUUUCUCCUUUAUCUAAGAGUUCUCCAGUGUCAAGUAAAAAUGUUUUCUCACCUACUUCAAAUCAGUCUAUCAUAUCACCCAUGAUGGGUAAAGACCGCGAUAAACUGUUAUCACCUAACAGUAACACAACGAGUACUACGCCAUCUGGUAGAUCGAGAAGGAGUAGACACUCCCAACGAAAGGAAUCCAGACACUAUCAGGAGUCAGAUAUAUUAGAAUCACCAGGUGUAUAUUGCAGAAGUUCAUUAUUGGACAAAGUAUCCGAUUAUGAAGAUAUUUGGGGGCCAGAAAGCAAUAAUUGCUCAACGUUCAAACCUUUAAGACUAGAAAAUGAUAGUAAUUCAAACAAUGGAUUAAUGAAAAGCAAAAGGCCUGACCUCUUGCCAGAUACCUUGCCAAAACUCAGUGGAGCUAAAAGUACGCAAUCUAUAUUAGAGAAAGAAAACAUACAUAUUUUAAACUCAACAGAAAGUUUAAACGAUAAAAAGAAGAACUUCUCUGAUAGCUCUUUGAAAAAGAGUUACAAUGGAUCUAGUGAAAUAAUAGCGACAACGAAUAGCAAAGGAGAUGUUGUACCAAAGAGGCCAGAUAGACUUAAUAUUGUUAUGAAUAUGAAUAAGAAACUAACUGAAGAAAUAGAAGCUGCUUUUAAAAGUAGAGAGAAUUGCAAUAUAGAAAGUAUGGAAACGGUUAAAUUAGAGGACGACUGUGUUAAAGAUCCGAUUAGUGAUGACUCUGAAAAAGAUAACGCUGGAAGUCCUUUCUAUGCAGAUCCUGUAGAUGCAAUUAAUGAAGCUGUCUUACCUCCUGUGCAAAGACGAAAGCUGAUCAGAGUCGGCAUGAAUCUCGCCCAAAGAUACUCAGAGCCUCCCAAUCAAAAUCAUCCAUACUAUCCUCUCAGAGAUAUGCACAGCAUUGAAGAAUUAUCUCCAUCAUCUCCGAAUACGUCAUCAUCUGUAGACAACCUGAUCUCACUGCGUAGCAAGCCGAAGGUGAAGCCAGUGCAACCACCACGGAUCCUCAGCAAGCCGCCAACAGGCAAGAAUGAUCAGACUUGGACCGUUGACUCCAGUUGGGAGUUCAUAAAUAAGAAUGAUGAGGGCUCCAACAGCGAGAGUGGAACAUUUCCAUCCCUCGCAGAGCAGGAGUGUCGGCUGAGUGCAGUCGAUGAUGGCACUCAACAUCUGACUGUGCAUCAAGUUGUAGCUCAAAGAUUACCUGAACUAAGACUGAACCUGGAACCAGUGGCUUUACCGGAUGACACACGCUCUCCACCACGCGCCUCCUGCUAUGAUAACGUGCACGAUAUUAGACCAAUGUCCGAACAGGCAAGUGACGAUGGAACAGUAUUCUCAGAGCCAUGGGACAGCUCUCAGUGGGAUGGCCUGAUACCUCCGUCUAAUAGACAACAACCUUAUGAAGCAGAUGAUCUUAACGAAUGGGAGUCGCCUUUGCCAAGAAGAGGACCCGCCAUUUCCAACCGUGCCAAAAGCUUUCGAGACCGCCUAGACCCGUUACUUGCGGCGGGCCGCGUGCGUGCUUUGAGAGGUGGGCGCGGAGCUCGCGGUGCGGGCGCGGCUGUACGUGCGUACGCGCUGCAUCUAGCGCAGGAUAAAAGCACUACAUUUGCGCAGAACAUUGACAACUUCAUCGCUUGCACGCUUGAUUCUAAGGAGACUUGUCCACAGGUUAUGAUGCGUAAUAUGAGACAGUUCAUGUCUGGAAUGAAGAAUUAUCUCGUCAAACAUGGUGAAAGGGAGUUCGAGAAGGAAGUUGAGAAGGAAAGGCUCAAGUUAAAGUCCACGGAGUUCCUGAACUUGGACGCGAUCCUGGAGGGCGUGAUGCACCGGGUGGUGGUCCGACCGCUGCGAGCGCGGCUGUACGCGCUGCUGGCGGCGUGGCACGCGGCCGACGUGCGCCGCCUGCACGCCGCCAGCGAGCGCGCGCUGCACGCCACGCCGCUGCAGCUCGGCAUCAAGGUACGACACUACCGACCUACCGACACUAUCGACACUACCGACACUACCGACUUCCUCAAGAUGCAAGAAGCUGACUCUCCGUUGGAUAAACUCGAGAAUCUUCUAGCGGCCAUAUCUGUUAUGUUUAAUUCGAUCCGCGGAUGCGCGGGCGCGCCGGGCGCGGACGACCUGCUGCCGGUGCUGGCGUGGACGGUGGCGCGCUGCCGGCUGGUGUGCGCCGAGCUGGAGGCCGAGCUGAUGGCCGGGCUGCUGCCGGCCGCCGUGCUGGCCGGGGAGGGCGGCUACUACCUCACCGCGCUCUUCUCCGCCGUCGCCGUGCUCAAGCGGCUCGCGCCGGACCCCGCGCCCGAUGCCGCCGCUGCCUGGCGGCGGGGCUCGCCAGAGUCAGCCGGUGGAGGUGGCGCGGUGGUGCGCGUGGCGCUGCCUGACGAGUGUCGCGGUUCAAUCCGGCGAGUGGCGCUGCCGUGCCGGCCCGGAGCCCGCGCACGUGACCUUUGUCGCGCGCUCGCCCACGCAGCUGCAAUUACCAAUCCGCAGGACUACGCGCUCUUCGCUCUCCACGACGGACACGAAACCAUGUUGAACGAGAACGACUGUCCCCAAGAAGUGAUGUCGGAGAAGAGCGGACAGAACUUCAUACUUGCGUACAAGAGAAUAGAUGCCAAAAUCGCAUGGCCCCAACAAGCUCUGCUCUCCUACCCGUAAACAGAAAAAUCUCAAUAAUCAAUAAGUAGACAAAAUCUCUUAGAAGUUUACGAAAACGUAAUUUUGUACUAUAAGGUAAUACUACAAAAAAAAUGUCGAAUUGCGUUAUACGAUAUGGGAUAUAUAUGGGAAAUCAUUGUACCAAGAAGCAGUGUAGGUUUGAAUAAAAAUUAAAACGGUUACAAAACUGUGAAAAUAUACUCAAAAAUACAUUAACGCCACAAAAAAAAUCAUCUGGUUAAUAAAUCGUGAUACAAUUUCUAUAGGACCACACUACAGUCUUACUCCAAUUAUUUUGGUAGUUCCUUUAAAAAUAAUAUUCUCACAUACACUCACUAGAAGCCACGCAUAUAUGUAUAAUUCAUUUAUAAUUAACAAUAAAAA